GUUAGGUUUUAGCAUGAGUAACUUGGAGGUGGAUUCUGAAGAUGGCCUCAAAGAGAUAACGCAGGAUAUGAGGCAGCUGAUAAAGAUGGUGGCCAACACGUUUUACCGUGCUGAGGAGGCCCUCAUCAUUGAUAUUCUCCUCAAGCAUCCGUGUAUCAGAGAAGACGACCUCAUUGAACUUCUUAAAUUCGACAAGAAACAUGUGAGGGCAAGUCUAGAAACUCUAAGGAAAGACAAGUUGAUAAAAAGUAUAACUAAAGGAGAGAAAGAGGAACUGGGGCCCGGCGGGGGCGUACUCAAGUUCAAUCACUAUUUUAUCAGCUACAAAGUAUUUAUUGACGUUGUCAAGUACAAGUUAGACAGAAUGAGAAAGAAGAUAGAUCAGGACGACCAGCUCCAUCAGAAUUGUCAGUUCCACCUGUGUAAAUCAUGUGAUCUUAGGUUCAGUGAUCUAGAUGUAAAGGAUCUUAUAGACCUGGAAACAGGAACACUGCUCUGCCAGCACUGCGACACUGAGCUAGUUGAGGAUGAGGCACAGUUAAAGACUCUGCAAGACAGGAGUUCAGUGUCGCUCUUUAACGAACAGACUAAAUCAUUUACUGAAUACCUCAAAAUAACUGAUAAUACCAAACUUUCAGAGGAUUUAUUGGCGCCAGAGCCGCUAAAGUUAAAAAUAGCAGAAAAACGAACUAAAAACAUUCCUCUGUGGCAGAACAACCGUAAAGAAUAUAACCUUUAUGCGGAAAAUUCAAUAAAGGUAAACCUUGCGGGUGAUAACGACAAGACAGAAACCCAGAAAAAGGAGCUCCCCAUCUGGCUAUCCGAGAGCACAGUAAUAAACAGUAACUACAGUACUAACUCUAAUGAUAGUUUAACUGGAGCUGAAGUCUCCAGAACGGAGACCCCUGUCAGUGCGCUGAAGGACGAUUAUAUUUCACAACUAAUACAGAGUGAGAUGAUGACGACAUCUUCAGCUCCGACAAGUGGUUCCUCCUCUCCAGUUCCUGACGAAGAAGAGGAAGAUGAGGAGUGGCUGGUUACUGUUCAGGGUAAGUCCAUGCCGCUGACAGAGGUUGAAGGAGAGCACGUGUCUAAAAUGACGGACAAGGAAAAAGAACUUUACGAUCAGAAGUACCGAGAGUACUGUGAUUCCAUCAUGAUGCGAGUAGCCAAAGGUUUGAACAGCACCAAAACCACUGGAAUCCCAGACAGAAUAUGGACGGUAACAGAAGCCGUACAAGCAAUCCUCUUGAUCCAAACCAACGGUCUCGUCAGUCAAGGAGUCCGGAGCAGCUAACAAACAUUGUAGGAAACCUCUGGUUCCGGUUCGUUGCUAAGAUCGGAACUAUAAACGACAGUAAACGUGCCAAAAGUGGAGCCAGUUGUGAGUUGUUUUGACUGAUAUCUAUAAGAUCAGUAUUUUUGAUAACUUGGCUAUCCUGUAUUUAUUCCUACUUUCUAUACACUAUCCGGUGCUGUGUUGUGAUAUCCUGAGUUGGAUAGGUGAUGGGACUUUGUGCUAUUUCAACACAACUCGAUUGUUGCCUGAGUAUUUCAAACCAAAAAAGCUUCUGGGGAGUUCACUUCGAGUUCGCAGUCUACCUACGUUAAAAAGUUUGAAAGAAAGGGUCCUAGUUGUUUCAGAUAUUUUAGAUGAUGUACCCAAACUCAAGCUUUAUUUUAGUGUUCUAGCAGCUCUGUUCAAUAGACUUCGAACUAAAUUUGAAAUCUCAGCUAAUGAUGUCCAUUUAUUGUGCGUCGGACUUUUCAAAAUGUUUUAUAGGACUGAAAACCAAACCAUGGUAAAUGUUGAACUUAUCAUAGCGGGGUGCUUUGUCACUGCUCUACGUCUCUUUUUCCAAUUCGAAAACCCUGAUUCACCCAAAGAACCAUGGCUCAUUUGGUUUUUACCAUAUCUUAAAUCUAGGCAUAAAAACAGUGUAGGUAAUUUAGUUGAUAAAUCUAUAGUGGAAAGGCACGGUUUUGUCACCGAAAAACAUUUCUUAAACAUGCCUCUCGAAGAUUACUUAAAAUCGGUGGAAGCCAUCAUAUCACAGAAUGUUAAAGUCCUAAAAGACUCCGAAUUGACUAGCGAACUCAAACAGCAGUUUUCAAGUGUUCUUGAGGUUAAAUCUGAAAAUCACAUUGUGCAGAAUGAAGAACAACAUAAAAAUGAUUGUCCUAAAAACAGUGGCAAACGGAAAUACAAGAGGAAGUCAGAUGGGUUACAUUAUGAUAGAAAAAUACUAGUCUACCCUAUUAAUUUUGAACAUUUUGCUGCCCGAGUUUAGCUCCUAACUCUAAUCAGAAUCAGAGUUAUUUUCAUUUUAAGCGCUGUAAUCGCUACUCGCGAGAGCGUAAAAAUAGAGUUUGGCCUAAAACCUCAACAACCUGAUGUUUGAGGACUUUGAAACCAUGCUCUACCCCACUCAAUAUGAUAAUUGUGAACAUUUUGAGAUUUUGCUGCCCGAAUUUUGCUCCUAAUUUUAAUUAGAAGCUGAGUAAUUUUGAUUUUAAGCGCUGCAAUCGCUACUCGUGACUGUGUAAAAGUGGGUUUUUGCCUAAUAACUCAACAACAUGACGUCCGAGGACUUUGAAAUUGUGCUCUACCCUAGUUAAUAUGAUGAUUCCGAACAUUUUAGUGCCCAGGAUGAGCACUUAGCUCAAUCAGAAGCCGAGAUAUCUCCUAUUUAGUGUGAAAAUAACGACUCGCGAGAUCAAAAAAGGGUGUGGUCACUUAACUCAACAACUUGAUGUCUGGUGACUUUAAAAUUGUGCUUUACCCCCCCCCCCCCCCCGCCCCCCCCCCCCCCCCUAAAUGUGAUGAUUCUGAACAACUUCAAAGCCAAGUUGAGCUUCUAAUUCCAAUUAAAAGCAGAGUUAUUUUGAUUUUAAAGUCGCGAAAGCGCCGAAAAGGGCGUGGUCAAUUGCGCAAAACUGCACCAUAGCCAAAAUUGUCUCAAACCUCGGGGCGGAAGUUAUACAUAUAUAUAGACGGGAAUGUCUUCAGAUCCUUGACUAUAUGCCCGUUUAAAAUAUUUCCAUCACGUUACAUUACAUUUUUUUCCUUUAAUGUAAUAGAUUUGUAGUGGUGUAAUUAGUUCAAAAUAAUACAUCGUGCUCUGUUGAAAGUUGUUAUGUUGACGAACGACAUUAAGUUGUCUUUAAAUAAUGGUAUUUGACCAGAGAUGUAUUAUUUAAACUUCUUAAUUUAGAAUAACUUAAUUUACAGCAUGUUGCUGUUGCAGAAUAUAAUUUAUUAAUUGUUUUGUUCAUUAUAUUAUGAUAUUAUU